AAUCAGGACUCCGCCGGCUGUGCUUAGGUAGAUGAGGUGAUUUUCGCAGCGCCAUACAGCGAUCAGUAAAUAUGGAGCCUCUGGAGGAAUACCACUCUCCUUUUGAUUUUGAACAAGGAGUCAAUUCCAGUUACCUCUACCUCUCCCCAGCUUACAGCGACAUGCCGCCCAGUCCGCCAGCUGCCAGAUGCAGAGGUUUCCAGGAGCAACCGGACUGUGUAGCAGAGAUGGGAGAGGAUGCAGUGACAUCUGUCGGUGGAUCUCCUCUCCCCCCCGUCAUCACGGAGGAAGAGCGUCAGGAGCUGCAAGAGGAGCUGAUGAAGGUUGAAGAUGAGAUCCAGACCCUGUCCCAGGUGUUGGCAGCCAAAGAGAAGCAUCUUGCGGACAUUAAAAGGAAACUGGGCAUCACACCUUUAAAUGAGCUGAAACAGAACAUCACAAAAACCUGGCAGGAAGUCACUACUUCCACAGCCUAUCGGAGGACAUCUGAAACUCUGUCUCAGGCUAGUCUGAAAGCUACAGCAGCCUUCUCCAACAUGGGUUCAGCCAUUAGCAAGAAGCUCGAGGAUGUCAGCUUACAAUCAAUACAACAUUCAGCUAGUAUGCCAGCAAUAAGGAAUGCGCCAACCUUCAAGUCAUUUGAGGAGAAAGUAGAGACACUGAAGACCAAGAUCACCCCCACAGGAUCCACCAGUGCUCCCAGUAACCAGGACAACAGCAUCCCUGAAACCACCAACUCUUUGAUCAGCCAGCUGGAGGGCCCUCCCACCCAGGACGCACCCAUGCAAUGAGACUGACCAAACCCCAUCUUCCUCAGUUUCACCCUCUAACCACUUGACCCCACCUCUGUCCAGUUUAACUCUUGUGUGCCAGUUCCCUUUAUUGGAAACAAAUACCUUCACAGCAUUCUUUGUGAUCGACCCGCCUGCUUGUCCUCUCCCAACACGUGUACUUCGUUGUUCGGUUGUUUGGAAACUAAACCCAUGAGAUGGAUUCAGGCACAUGUUCUCAUGUCAUGUUCAGUUGGUUCAGGCUCACUGUGGGAGAAAUCCUACGUUUUUUCUUUUGCCUUUUUUCUAACCAGAAAAGCUUGAAUGCCAAACGUGCUCCAGUGUUCUUUAGUUGCUUUAUAAAUCUAACACUUGAGUGUAGAAACUGCACAGUUAGAACAAUUGUAGUGUACUUAAAAGCUGGUUAUAGAAGUAUAUUAAAUAUUGGAGGUCUCUCUUAGAAACCUGGCUUAUUUUUUGUUCCUGGGACAAACUGUUGACCAGAGAAAUAUAACCUGGUGUCCAAGCAAGAAAUAUUCAUAUUCUCUAGUCAUAUGUUGCGCUCGGGAUGCCCGGCUUUCCAGGGUUUGAUACACUGUGUCAUAAAUAUGACUACUGACUGCAGAUUUCAGAUUCAGACAUUCCCUCUCAUUUUAGAGAACUUGUCAGAACCCCCUCCCCACGCUCAGAAAGCUGCAGGAAAACCGCCAAGAUCAGCAGCACAGCUCAGAGCAAACAUGCCAUCAAGGUCCAGCCUUGACCUGAGGUGACAGUGAAAUAAAUGUAGCCUCCGCAGCCAGCCAGAGUCAAUAUUUAAACACUAGUGCAUUGUUUCUGCAAGGGCGGCAACACCCAACCUACCCAUGCUGUGUAGUAUACAGCGAUGCCUAGUGUUUCUCUUUUUUUUUUUUAUUGUGAGAAAAACAAGCUUUAUUGAUUGAAUGUUGGGAAUCUACAGGGUUUCAUAGAGUACUUGUAGAAAAGGCUUCUUUUGCAUCCAUCAGAUACAUUUUCUAAAUGUCAAAACUCUAGUUUAAGUUGGCUUCACAGCCUCAUGCUGCUUUAUGUCGAUUAUAUGCUGGAAGCAAUAAAACUCUCUAAAUUAUUUGACUUCAAACAGUGCAAAUGGUCAAUAAAACCCAAACGGAGCCGAUUUGAACAGAGAUGCAAAGUGAGUUCAAGUUAAACUAAAAGAAAAGCAGAGACACUUUUACUGGCCGCAGCAUCGAGCUCGUACAAGUCCUCCUCUACUGGUGGAUAACAGGUAUUGCAUGACAAUAAUUCAACUAGUAUAAAACAUAAGUGAUGCCGCUUGCAGAACAGACUGUGGAUCAGGGAGAAAUCUAGUGUUAACGUCUUGUUUUUUUUUUUAUUGUUAUCAAUAAAGAGUCUCAUGUUUUCACUGAACACAGUUUUUCACUAAUGAUUUAUUUUACUAACACAGUUUUUACAUUGUUUAGAAAUGUUUCUGUUUAACUCUUCAAGCCUGAAUAAGAAAGAAGGAAUUAGUAAGUUGUAGAAGUUUUUAUUGUUUAAAAAUGUUUGAGUUUCUAAACGUUAUUUGUUAUUAAACUAUCUAAAAGAUAAAAAUCUGAAUUUCUGAAAAAUAAAGGGCUUGAUACAUUA